UUUUAGAAAUUGUAAACAGGGUAAUUUAUGUUGCUUUUUAGUUUUUGAUCGAAUGCUGGCUUUGUUCUAAGAGAGAUUUGUGUUUAGGGUCGAGGAUUUAGGAUGAAAUCUGUUGAGUGUUCUUUUAGUGUUAUAGAUGAAUAAGGAGGAUGCAAUGAACCAGAUAGAAAUUGCAUAUGAGCAGAUUAAUGAUAAGAAUAAUGGGUAUCAGUUUGAUACAAGAAAGAGGAAGCUUGAUCUUGGGCUUAAAUCUUGUAGAAAGCCACCAUCCUUGUCUCAGAGUUCCCCUUUGGGAUAUUUCGAGACUGUAAAGGGGAUAUCUGAAUAUAAGACUCCUAAAUAAGACCUUAAAGCGCACUGAGAUUGAUUUCACAAGGACUUCUCCAAAGACAAUUUAUGAUUCAAAGACUUACGAAACCACUUCUGCUUCCUCAGGAUUUCAAUUUUCACAAACUAAGGAUGACAGAUCAGCUUUAAUCCGAAAAUCUAUUGACAGUGUUUCCAGAGGGCUUUUUAAGGACAAAGAAGAGCCUGAAAGAGUAAAGUACCAACCAGUAUUCAGCUCCCCAAGUCCAGGUCUGUACUCAAAUACAGAGAAAUUGUCCUCAUUAAAUUACCAACAUGAUAUGAGGAGUAGGUAUAAGUACCGGCAAUCAUACACAAGAGAUAAUCCAUAUCAAAGAAGUAGUGAUUACUUGAAGGACUACACACCUUUGUUUUCAUCGAACUCAUCUAAGUAUUACUCCAGGUACUAAAUGUGUAAAUUGGUUGUUCAACAUUUCUGUAAA